GGCUUUUUCCUUCGCGACGCGAGGCGAAGGGUCCGGUAGAAGACUUCGCCCGCCGACCCGGACAGUCCGACGCGGAAGAUUCCAGCACAGCAGACAGUCAUGUACCUGUACCUCUUGGGGCUGGUGGUUUUCUUCUACCUGUACCGCUGGGCCAGGGAGUUGCCCAGGGUCCCCGACAAAGGCAGCAAGUAUGUGUACAUCACAGGCUGCGACUCAGGCUUUGGCAGCCUCCUGGCCCGCCAUCUGGACAAGCUGGGGUUCAGAGUGAUCGCCUCGUGUUUCACCGAGAAGGGAGAGGAGGAUCUGAAGAAGUCCUGCUCCAGCAACCUAAUCACAACGCACCUAGAUGUUAGGUCUAAGGACAGCGUUGCCAAAGUCGCGGCAAUGAUCAAGGACAAAGUUGGGGAGCGCGGUUUAUGGGCUGUGGUGAACAAUGCAGGCGUGGCCAUUCCCUCUGCCCCCUGUGACUGGCUGACCAUUGAUGACUACAAGUCGAUGCUGGACGUAAACCUGAACGGGGUGAUUGCGGUGACCCUGAGUGUCCUUCCGCUGAUUAAGAAGGCCAGAGGACGGGUGGUCAACGUAGCCAGUGUGUUUGGGAGGAUCAGUGUUGUUGGAGGCCCGUACACUGUCUCCAAGUAUGGUGUGGAGGCUUUCAGUGACAGCCUCAGGUUAAAUAUGGCUCCUUUUGGUGUCAAAGUCCUCUGCAUUGAGCCAGGCUUCUUCAAAACAAACGUCACUGACGCUGGUAUCCUGACAAAAAGUGUCAAGAUGCUGUGGGACAGACUGCCCCAGGACGUCAAAGAUGACUAUGGAACUGAAUAUCUCCAAAAUGCAUUAGGAGUAAUAGAAAACAAAGUUUCCAAGAUGAUUGACGGGGAUCUGAUGAAGGUGGUCAGCUGCAUGGAGCACGCUGUGUCCGCGGUCAGGCCCCGCACCCGCUACUCCCCAGGGUGGGACGCCAAGCUUUUUUGGCUGCCGCUGUCUUACAUGCCAACUUGUGUCUCCAAUUACAUCAUGAGCAUAGAUGCCAUUCCUAUUGCCAGGCAGAUACAAUAAAUAGCACAUUUUUUUGUAUUCACGUGUGCACAUUUCAUGCUCUUCAAACAAUACAGUUUUUCGAGUUUAUAACUGACAUUUUUGCUUCAUUUCAUAUGCAAUUGUGGGAGCCAGCAUUUGGCUAGAAAGCAAUAAUGUAUUACAUAAAAAAAACUUUAAAAAGUGCUUUGUCUGUCUGUUUGUAUCCCUCCUCUGAGUAUUUCUCUGUAACCUGUUUUUCUGGCAGGUUAAUAAAUUAUUGGCAUUUUGAAGGCCACCUUAUCUACAGGCAUAUUGUUCAGUCUAAUGUUCUCGGCCUUGAUGAUAGGCAUGCGCGAAAGGUUAGGGAGGAGCAGUAAAACAUGACUACACAUAGCAAAACUAUGUUGGUUUCUUUGGUUCUUUUUCGCUGAAAUCCACCCUGAAGUAGAAAAUGAAUCACUGAUAGUAAAGAAUGUCUGGAACACUGUACAGUAGUAAUACGCAGUUUGUGAUCUUUUGCAAGAGCAGCAAAGACAACGGGCUGUGAUGUCACCUACAACCCAAGUCAGAUUUUGCAAACCCGAACCUGCAACGCUCAGUAACAGAACCGACUCAUGAGCUACAGUUAAUCAGUCGGCUGUAUUGUCAGUUCCGGACGGAUGACGUCUCGAGGGUGUGAGAUUGUGUCUUAGGCAUUCACAGUAAAAGAAUUCAUGGCAGCUAGUUAGGUUUGAUAAAAUUACACUAAAUGCUUUAAAAUAAACUGUGCCCCUUGUUUUUAAUUUGUUUUUCAUUCAUUUUUACCCAUUAACUGCCCCGGUGCAGUCUAGAGUCCUGACUCAGUACAGGGUAUGCGCAGGUCUCUAAAAUUCUUAGCUUCAGUCCGCCAAAGUCCUAAAUAUUUUGUCUUGCCUCCUGUAGGCAGUAAUAUUAGUAAUGGAGUGUGUAAUGUCAGGAGACAUUACACAUCUAUAAACUAGAGGUGGGACUGUUGUGGCAGUGGGCUGUGUGUAGGAGGCUGUUUAGUCAGCAGCCACUCCUGCUGGCUACAGUAGCUUGGAAGAUCCCUCAUAAAUGGACUGACUAGUGCUGAUUGUAGCACAAUUUGAAUGAGCGUCAUAAUUUUUAAAAUAGGUAUAUCCAUCAAUUUCUACCACUUAUUUGACUCCAGGUCAAAUGAAUUAAAUCUUCGAUAUUAGGAAUUAUCAUAUAGAUCUGGGAUUAAUGUGAUAAAUUUUAGGACAUAUUGUCCCUACUGGUUUCUCAUUAUGACCUUGAUCAGGUAAGUAAAUUG